AUGGCUCCUCAAUAUGAUGCCCCCCUAUUCUCUCCAGUGCUGUGGCACACGGGCAAGGGGAGGGUGCUGCUGCAGCCCAAGUCUUGCCUGCGGGCUUCCGGGAGGCCGCUGGUUGGGCGCGGUGUGAACGGACUGCUGGGCUCGAGGGGCCGCCUCGCGCCGCGGCUUCCUCCCUGUGCCUCUGCCGGCGGGGGCGGCGCCGCGCCCAGGAGGGCCGGCCGGGCCUCUUCCGAAGGGGCGGCGUUGGCGGCGGCGUUGGGCGUCCCUGGGUGCCGCUUCCCGCCGCGCGCCCGGAUGGACCCUCCGGUCAAGGCGGGGCCGCUCCUGCUCCAGCAGCCGUCGGGGCUGCGCCUGGGCGCCAAGCGAUGGAAGAAGGGCUGGUUUGUGCUGUACCCGGCUAGUCCACACGGUGUGGCUCGCUUGGAGUUCUUUGAUGGCAAGGAGGGGGCGGCCACCACCGACAAAGUCAGCACCAAGCGCCUGGACAAGAGGAUCGUGCGGCUGGCGGACUGCGUGAGCGUGGCCCCUGCCCCCGACUGUGUCCCCAAGGAGGGCCUGGCAGUCUUCCGCCUGGAGACCAGCGAGCGGACCUACCUCUUUGCCGCUGAGCCGCAGGAGACAGCCGAGUGGGUUGCCAAGCUCUGCGAGGAAGCUUUUUUGGACAACCAUGGUAAAGGGGCACCGCUGCCUUCGACUGAGCCAGGAGGCCAGCGCUCCGUGGAAAUGGCCACCAAUUCCAUUUAUUACUCCCGAGAUGAAGCCAGCGAGUUCUGGGUGACGGUGCAGAAGACGGAGGCAGCCGAGCACUGCAAGCUGCAGGGGGGGUACGUGCUGAAGGCCUCUCGGGAUGGCCUCGUCCUCCAAGACCCCCACUCACGCCAGCCGCUCUACACGUGGCCCUAUCGGCUCCUCCGCAGAUACGGCCGGGACAAGGUGAUGUUCUCCUUUGAAGCUGGCCGCCGCUGUGAAUCCGGCCCCGGCAACUUCACCUUUGAGACCAGGCAAGGGAAUGAGAUCUUCCGUGUGGUGGAGGCGGCCAUCCAGGAGCAGAAGGCCCAGGCGGAAGAGAACCGGCAGAGUGGCGGCUCCCUGGACUCGGAGGCCUCCGGCGUGGCCCACGUCCAGAGCUCCAUCGCCAACAUGCUCCUCCUGGAGAGUGAGGCCCCUCCCGAAAGGCGGGGGCCUAGAACCGCACUGGGGGCCACGCUCAGCCUGGCCACGGAAGGGAAGGAAGGAGCCACAGCGGCACAGCCAAAGGGGCAGAGCUUGCGGGAGCCUCUGCCCUGCUGGCCCAGCACCCCACCACGGUCCCCGCUCCUGGGCCUGGCAGGCUACCCGUUGCCCUCCGAGGACACCGGCAGUGUCUACUCGGAGCCCCUGGAUGCUGUAAGGGGCUCCCGACACAGGCCGGACCCUCUCUAUGCCGACCCCCUCGAUAGCAGGCGCGAAGGUGAGGCAGAGCAAGAAGGGGCCGAGCCAAGAGGGACCGGCGCGCUCUACGAGCAAGUGGGGCCAGCACUCACCAACUGCCAGGGCCGGCAGGGAGCCGGAGGGCACAUCUACGACGAACCGGAGGGGCGGGCCCCCAGGCCAACUCCCAGUCCUGCUCUGGGACCCAUCUAUGAUGAGGCCCAUCUCCCUUGCGAGGCCUGGCGGACUCAGGGCCUGGAGAGCGCAGCAGGCUAUGAACUGCCUUACCAGCCCAGCGCUGGGGACUACGCCGUCCCUUCCUUCCCCCAGAAACUACCGUUCAAGCCCGCCAAGGCCCCAAAGCCCCCCCGAAUGCACAAGAAACCCUCUCCGGUGCCCGACUGGGCCACGCUGAGACACGGCUCCAACGGCGGCGGCAGCAACAACAACAACAACUGCCCCGGCCCCCGGGAGGAGGGGGAGCCCAUCUACAGCCGGGUGCUGAGGCCCACAAGCGCCUGCCCUGGCCCUGCAGGGGGGCGAGAGGAGUCAGUGGACGAGAGUCGGUCGGCCUCCGUGUAUGAGGAUCUGGGGGUGAUCUGA